AGUAGCUCUGGAGAUGUGUGUGUUCACUUACCUCCAUAGUGAGAGUGUCGCAAACCACUGGAUUCAAGGAAAAGCUAAACGCUACGACACGGAAACCACGGGCUAAGGCGGCUUGUGGGUUUGCACUCGAGUUGUUGUUUUGGUAUAUUUUUAUGUUUGGUUCAAGUUGAAGCGGUGUAGCCGGUGAGAAGCGAGCAGUAUGCAUUCAGACUGCAGGCUGCUAUGGGCAGAGUGGUAAUGGUGGGCAGGGGACCGACACGGGCCGGGGGUCUCGUCCUGUCGAUUCUCAUCAUCUUCACCACGGAGGGCUGUCGGGCGCAGAAAGGUGAUGGCUGUGGUCCCAGCUUGCUUGGCCCCACCAGUGGGACUCUGUCCUCUCUGGGUUACCCUAGGACAUACCCCAACAACACAGUGUGUGAGUGGGAGAUCACAGUCCCUCGUGGGAACAGGAUCCAUUUUCGAUUUGCUGAACUGGACAUAGAAAACGACUGUCAGGUCAACUACCUCCGCCUUUACGAUGGGAUUGGACCUGACAGAAGUGAGAUUGCGAAGUACUGUGGUUCGGGGCUGAAGUUGGAGCAGCUCAUUGAGUCCAGUGGUCACCAGGUGACAGUCCAGUUCAUGAGUGGGACCCACCACAGAGGAAGAGGAUUCUACCUGUCCUUCUCCCUUACAGAACACACUGAUCUAAUCACCUGUUUGGACAAAGGAGCUGAUUUCCCUGAGGCUGAGUUCAGUAAAUAUUGUCCGGCGGGCUGCCUAACAUCUAAAGAGGAGAUUUCUGGAACUAUACCAAAUGGAUAUAGAGAAUCGUCCCCCCUGUGCAUAGCAGCCAUCCACGCUGGAGUCGUGUCCAAUGCUGUGGGAGGAAAGAUCCAUGUGGUCAGCAGCAAGGGCAUCCCUCACUAUGAGGGCACAUUGGCCAACAAUGUCACUUCCACUGGGGGAACGUUAUCAGACAGCCUCUUCACCUUCAAGACGAGUGGCUGCUCGGGGACCUUAGGUUUGGGGACCAGUAGUGUAGCAGACAGCCAGUUCACUGCCUCAUCUGUGUGGGAGUGGAAUGGCAAAUGGGCACCAACAGGGGCACGACUCAAAAGUGUGGGGCGACCCUGGGCACCUGCACACAAUGACCAGCAGCAGUUUUUGCAGGUCGACCUCAAGAGGGAGAGAAACAUUACAGGCAUAAUCACCACUGGUUCCACUAUGAGAGAAUACCAAUACUACGUAUCAGCAUACAGAGUUCUCUAUAGUUAUAAUGGCCAGCAGUGGCAAAGCUACAGAGAAACCAACUCUACAAAAGACAAGGUUUUUCAAGGCAAUAACAAUUUUCUGCAUGAGGUGAGGAACAACUUUAUUCCUCCAAUAGAGGCCAGAUUUCUAAGAAUAAAUCCGUUAUUGUGGCACCAAAGAAUUGCACUUAAGUUGGAGCUGUUUGGCUGCCCAAUUCCCUCAGUGAGGGCAGGGCCAAGAAUGAUGGCUCCCUUUCAUCCAACCCCACGUUCCAAACGCCCCCCACGCCUUGGAGUAACUACAGCCACACCAGACAUCCGAAACACCACUAUGCCCCCACAUUCAGAAAAUGGUAUGGCAAUGAUAGCAGUUCUGGUUCCCGUGCUGGCCAUAAUCCUUACUGGCCUUAUUUUAACAGUGGUUUGUGCUUGUCACUGCAGAAACAGAAAACAAAGUACUGAUGGCACAUAUGAUCUCCCUCAUUGGGACCGCACAGAUUGGUGGAAAAGCAUGAAACAGCUGUUGCCAUCAAAGAUGGUGGACACAGAUGAGACUGUUCGGUACAGCAGCAGUGAGGUGGGCCGGCUAACAGGGAGGGGAGCGGUCCCCAUUCUACAUGCAGAACCAGCAGAAUAUGCUCAGCCUUUGGUCAGUGGGGUUACAACUUUGGGUGCACGCUCCACUUUUAAACCGGAUGAAGGCCCAGAACCAGGGUACUCCGAUCCAGACCUGUAUGACGCUCCCAUGUCCCAUCCCUAUGCAGAGCCCUUGCCUGCCUCAGGCGCUGAGUAUGCCACUCCCAUUGUAGUAGACAUGAGCAGCUUCAUGGUACCCUCUUCCAUGCUUACAAAGCCUGAAACUGCUAAACUGGGCCGCUCUGCCUACGAUACGCCAAAGAAUGUCACUGGACAGGUCACACCCACAGAGGACCUGACCUAUCAGGUACCUCAGAACAGCACUCAGAAGAGCUGAAGGAGUGAGUCUUGAUGCACAUAGUCUUUCCUUGCUCCUCACUGCUGACUCGACACUAUAGACUGAAAUAUGAGCUGCAGAUGAGGAGGCAGAAACCCUCGAGUCUGAACUACCUGAACUUUAGGUUCACCUGGAGAUGUCUGUAUUCCCUAAAUGAAUGCGCUUGGCCAUAUGCUUGUGUAGUGCCAUUACAGUCCUAUCACUGAAACACAGAUGAAUGUGCUAUGCCAGGUUUGAGACAAUGUGAGAAAGAAAUGAAAAAUGAAUGAAUGAGGUGACUACUACAUGUUCUGUGAUUAUUUUUUGUAAUGUUAAACUGUGAGAUUGUGUUGCUUUUCUGUCACAUAGUGAACCAAGUUUAACAAAACCUACUACAUUUGAACUCCCUCUUUUCACAUGGUACGGUUCUUUAAUGUCCAAAAGUAUAACUUGAAAGCUUAUGUAUAUUAUAGAAUAUUCAAUACACCAAACCUUUUAAAAUCUACAUAUUUAUUAUUUUACAUCCUGCUGAUAUAAAACAAUCUCUCAACUGCCUUCAACUAAGAUUGCACUGUUAUAAUGGGGAUUCAGUCACCUAUGUAUUCCUUUCAUACAACUCAAAGGCCAAUCAGGCAGAUCAGUCUUCCCAAGAAUAGAAACUGCCUUUUUAUAGACCAAAUGUUGCCUUUUUCAGAACUUGCUGUGUGCCAACAGAUCACAGAAGUCUUAAUGGCCUCUUAAAGCAUUACAUCAGCAAACUGGACAAUGGUACAGACAAUAAUAUUGAUACAUUGCCACUGAUAACGUUUGUGAAUAGUCUCCUGAAAAGUCCUGAAUGUGAUUUUGUUGAGCGGCUGUGUUUUGUAAUGUUUUUGUGUUUUGAAAGUCUGCUUUCUAACCUUUCCCAUCAUCAGUACUUAAUGUGGACUUAAACUUUGAUUGCAUUCCUUCAUGUCCUCUCCUGGUGUUGUCUUGACCAAAAAUUUGUGCAGUAAAAUGCCUUUUAGCUGUUUCCACAUUAAUGCUGAAUCACACCAGUAUUUCAAAGCACCAGUGUUCACUGGUCACUAUGGGACUGUGCUAUGUUCACACUGAGUGUAAAUAGUAAAAUAAAGAUUUUAAACAAA